AUGUUUCCAGUCGUGGCACUUGUAGCAAGUGCUUUAUCGACACAUGCACCAGGGGGCUAUUCGUAUAACAGAUUUAGUGGUCCAGUGAGCGGUCAAAUUGUGGAGGUGCAAGUACCAGCAGCUGAGAACAUACCAGCUCAACAACACGCCAGCUAUGGUUACGAUCAUAAAACUGGUAAAAUUAAUCCAGAGACUGCCAAAUAUGCCCGUCUAAAAACGGUCGACUACGUGGCCAAACCUGACUACCAUUAUGCUUAUGGAGUAGAAGAUCCGCAUACUGGUAACUUGCAAAACCAUAAGGAGCACCGUAAUGGAGAUGUCGUUACUGGCGAAUAUUCACUCGUGGAACCCGAUGGUUCCCUUCGUAUUGUGCGAUAUACGGCCGAUCCCAAAAAUGGCUUCCAGGCUGUGGUGCAAAAAAAACCCGGUGCCCAUCCUCAGCAAGUAGAGCAGCCAGUGCACUAUGGUCGCAAUAACCAGGAAGAAGAUAAUUCACGGGAAUAC